AUAAAUAGUUUCUAGAUCCCCAAUUCACACAGGCUAGUGCUUGGUAUUCCAGGUCACUGAUCUAGAAACUUUCGAAAUUCUAAUUCAAUUCACCGCACAAAGACAGGAGAAAGAAGAUGCACAUAGUUGAUUCAUGACCAUGUCUUAAUAUUGAUUACCUGGAUAUUGGCUCAACCCAGCGGAUUAUUUACAAAAAUGGCAGCUUUAAAAGUAGUGUGUUUUGUUACGUUUCUUUUCUCGAUUUGCUUUAUUGUGAAUGGACAGAAAAUGUUUCAACCACAUGCAAAAUGUCAACUGAUUUCGAUUCCUCUGUGCAAAGACUUGCCGUACAAUUAUACGAUCAUGCCGAAUCUAUUGAACCAUCAAAAACAAGAAGAUGCCGGAUUAGAGGUGCAUCAAUUCUUUCCUCUUGUGAAGGUCCAGUGCAGCCCUAAACUGAAAUUUUUCUUGUGCACAAUGUAUGCACCUGUGUGUACAGUGCUAGAAGAGGCUAUUCCACCCUGUCGUUCUAUGUGUAAUGAGGCUCGCAAUGGAUGUGAAUCAUUAAUGAAUAAGUUCGGAUUUGAAUGGCCAGACAGCUUAAAAUGUGAAAAAUUUCCAGAGAGUGGUAUGUGUGUUGGAGAAAAUCGAACUGAUCCAGUGGAGUCUACACCCCAUCCUCCUGAUGGAAAUGGAGGAGGUGGGAAUGAUCGUGAUGAACAUUUCCCUGGAUUUAUUCCUGAUGAUGAAGAAAAUAAGUAUAGACCGGGAUAUGGGGGAGACCAAAAGGGUGAUGUGGUCAACUCGUACAAAACAUGCCCCAUAAAGUACCGUAUUUCAGUAGGAUUUGACUACCGUUUGAAAGUUGGAUCUACAGUGUACCCAGAAUGUGGGGCCCCAUGUGAAAACAUGUAUUUCAAUGAACAUGAGCGACACUUUGCCAAAUUAUGGAUAGGUGUGUGGUCAAGCAUAUGUUUGGCUUCUACGCUGUUCACGGUUUUAACCUUUUUCAUUGACAUGACCCGCUUUCGCUAUCCUGAACGCCCAAUCAUAUUUUUGUCUGGAUGUUACUUCAUGGUUGCUCUAGCAUAUGUAAUUGGAUUUUCCCUUGACAAAGAAGCAGCAGCAUGCAACAGAUUUAAAAACAGACCAGAGACGGUGCUUAUAACUACACAAGGAACUAAGAAAGAAUGGUGCACUAUUCUAUUCAUGAUGAUGUACUUUUUCAGCAUGGCCUCCUCAAUUUGGUGGGUCAUUUUGACCUUGACCUGGUUCCUGGCAGCAGGAAUGAAAUGGGGUCAUGAGGCUAUAGAGGCCAACUCCCAAUACUUCCAUCUUGCUGCUUGGGCAGUGCCAGCCAUCAAAACCAUUGCCAUUUUAGCCAUGGGACAAGUGGAUGGAGACACACUUAGUGGGAUUUGUUUCACAGGAAUUUUCGAUGUGGAUGCAUUGAGAGGAUUUGUGUUGGCUCCAUUAGUUGUAUAUUUAUUAUUAGGAACUUCUUUCUUAUUAGCUGGAUUUGUUUCGCUCUUUAAAAUCCGCACCAUUAUGAAAAGUGAUGGAACAAAAACAGACAAACUGGAAAAAUUAAUGGUCCGUAUUGGAAUUUUUUCAGUAUUAUACACUGUGCCAGCUACCAUUGUUAUUGCAUGUUACUUUUAUGAACAAGCAUCUAGAGACACUUGGAUGUUACAUUGGUUUACCAAAGAGUGUUUAGCAUCCUCUACAGAUGCUCCUCCCGAAGGCAUUGAACUGCUGAGGUCAGGGGACAAACCGUGGCCUGACUUCAAUGUGUUUAUGAUCAAGUACUUAAUGACAGUCAUUGUCGGAAUUACCUCAGGGGUUUGGAUAUGGACUGGAAAAACCCUCAGUUCGUGGAAGAGGUUUUAUGCCAAAAUUUGUGGAUCUAACAAACGUGAAAGUAACGUGUGAAAACCUUCUUUGGAUGGCAAGCAAAAGGAAAACCUAAGUGGACUUCAUUAGAAUUUAUAAAUUUUUUUAUAAAUUGAUUAAUAAGAAGCAUGUUGUCAGUGAAAUAUAUACUGUAAUACAUUGACUUGAAUAAUUUGUACACCUUCCAAAGAUGCCAUUACAUAGCUCUCUUGAGAAUUUCAAUUGAAUUCAUCAGGUGUAAAAUUUAAUUAUGUGAAUACUUGCUGCAUGAGUGAUUGUGCUAAAAUAAUUUAACUGCCAUAAGAGUACACAUUCAGAGAUAAUGUACAUGUGUGUGAAAUAGUUCAUGUAUAAUUGUCUCAAGUUAUAUUAAGUUAAUUUGUGUGUUAAAUGAACAUAUGUGUAUAUUGUAUCUCUUAAGUUCUACGUUCUUUUCAUGUGCCAAAAAUCUAUGUUUAAAAAAAGGGAAAAUAAAAAAAAAAGUUUUCUGGUUUCAAGCUUGAUAGCUGCAUGAACAAAGAUAUUUUGAAUCAUGUAAUAUAUUUCAUUUUAAUCAUUGAUACAGUGAAAACAAAUAUGGAAAAUGUGAAAAUUUGGAUUCUUCAACACUUUUUUUAAUACGAUUACAUUUCUUUCUUUUAACAUGUUUAAAGUAUACAUGUAUAUUUAUUACUUUUUUAAAAAUAUGUUUAUACACUAAUAUAAUUCUACAUGUUUUUUUAUGUGUAUAAAUGUCUGUGUCAAUUUAUUUAGAUUCUUUUACUUGUAAAUAAACAUGUUUUUUAGCUUUAAAUCCCAUUUUUUAUGAGAGUAUGUUACAGGCUUGAUUGUAAAACAUACAAAGUUGCCUCUUGGUCAUACAAGGUAUACAUGAUCAGGAUGCCAAUUCUGAGGUGUGAAAGUGUCGGCUGGAAGACGUUGUCAUUAUGGGAGUAUUUUGUCUAUGGCAUGUGUAUAGGAGUCAUUCUUAUUUUAUAUAUAUUAAUUUCUCACUUGUGUUGUAUUAAUUUGAACAAGUUUCUCAAGUUUAUAUAAAUUGGGUCUAUACUUAAAUCACGGUAUUAUAAAUAUAAGAAACGUUUAAUGACACAGUAGUAGCUGAUUUUGUUAAAUGAAGUUAUUUUGCUAGUGUCACUCAAAAAUUAUUCAAGAUGUUUUUUUUGGCAGGUGACACAUGAAACAAGGAAAUGUGAAGAACCAAAUACAAUAUCUCAUUUUGUCUGGGCUUGAAUUUAUCUAGAAUUUUGAUAUAUUGGAGUAAACUUCUCUUAUGUAAUGUAUACAUCUUGCUGUAAAUACAAGUGUUUUUUAUUAAUGUAUAGAAAUAACAGAAACAAAAAUGGUUGUAUUCUGAAGUUGAAUUCAGUGGAAUAUUUUUUAAAUUUAUUAUUAUAAUGCACAGGUUGCUCUUUUGAUAUGAUUUAAUUUUCUAAUUUGGAAAAAAAAAGGUUAGAAAAAAAACUGUUCCCAUGUACUGGAAGGAACCCUAUUGUAUUAAAUCUUUACAUUUGUUUCACAAGUGAACAUUGUAUCCAAGAGAACAAGUUCUAUUUUCCCCCUCAGCAAACUGUAGUACUUAAAUUCUCAAUCUGGUAUCAUGUGUUUUGUUUUUCUUUGAAGAAAGAUUAGGAAAUCUAGUUAAAUUUACCUAGUUUAAAAUUUUAUUCAGGGAGAAUUCUUGUGUUUCACCAGAGGGAUUGAUAAAGUUCAUUGAUAAUAGAUGUAUCAUAUUUUGGGGCUAAAGGAAUUUUGGCUGGGUGCCAGUCAACUUUUAUUUUUGUGAAUCUUUUUUUUAAAACACCUGGAGACGCGUGUGUUUAAAGCUUUUUUUGUCUGUGAGAGAUAGAAAUCUCUGCAUGCCUAAUUGUAAUUUUUAACAGCCAGUGCUGUAUGUGUAAUAAAAACUAGUUAAAUUCAAA